AUGCCUACCGUCUCGUACAUCCUCCAGAGAGCCCUGUUGCCCAUCUACUCCAAGCUCUCUGACCUGUAUGGCAGAGCCCAAUGCUACACGUUUGCUCUAGUAUUCUGCAUCAUCUCCAACGUUGUCCUGGCCACUGCCAACAACUACAACACACUGGUCUGUGGCCAAGUGAUCUAUGCCUUUGUUUAUACUGGUGCCAACAUCCUGAGUCCCGUUACCAUUGCUGACCUGACCAAUGCGGUAGACAACUUUACAACACUCCAGGUAUCAUCAAUUAGUUUAUCGCUCCUCGCGUGGGCGGUGCUCUUUUCGAUGCUGGACAUUGACGUGUCGCUUAUGGGAUAA